CCUAAACUGGGGUGUCUAUCACAUUCACAGGGCAGAAGUUCAUCUUCCCCUCUUCACUUAUGCUGAUUCCUAGCAUUUAUACUACUGUGCCAACCCAUUGCCUGAUCACACUUUCUCCACUUUCCAUCUUCUCACUGCGUGCAGCCUUCAUCCGCGCCCCUUCGCUCGACGUAUCCGUCCCGAGACACUCCCUUAGGAAGCCAUGUCGGACCCCAAUAUCCCUCUCGCCUGUCAGAACCUCCUUCACAGUUGGGCCACUUGCAUCGAUACAAAAUCCUGGGCUAGUCUGUCGGCGAUUUUCGCGCCCGUGAUCGACAUGGACUACUCGGCCCUCGGCCAGCCCAAGGCCGCCGCCGUUCAGCCUUCCGUCUAUAUUGACCAACUCUCCAGUCCAGACCAACUAGGAAACCCAGAUAUCCAGUCACACCAUUUGGUCGGCGCAUGCAAAUGGACGCGGGAGUCGGAAUCCCGCGUAAGCGUCGAUUUUCAGAUCAUGACGGCCCUUCGGAGAGCUCCACGAGACGGUACUACGGCUGUGCUGGCUACCGGCCACGGAAUUAACACGAUGGUCUUCGCCGAGGCUGAUGGAGAGUGGAAGAUCGCGGCGCUGAAGGUCGGAGUCCUCUGGAUCGAGAAAGAUUUUGCGGCCGUUUUUACGCCCAGCCUUUAAUUUGUUCUGUUUCUUGCUCUUUGCUCGGUUGGAGCGCGAAAGUGUUGUUGGUCGCAAGGCAGACUGCGAUAUGAGAAUUUCCAUCCAUAUCUAGGUACAUGACACUAAAUCCUUCGCACCACCAUCUAAAUGAGCCCUUCCCAAACACAUACCCAGUCUAGUCUAGUGUAGAAUGCAGUCUUCAAUCACCUGGUUUUCAAGUGUGCAGGACUUUUAAC